AUGGAGUGGAGUCUUCCGGUGGAUUUGCAAGAAGAGAUACUCUCUAGAGUUCCGGCUAAAUCUUUGGCACGAUGGAAAUCAACACCGAAACAAUGGAAGGGACCAAUUUCCAUCGAGUUCCUCCAUCUGCUCAGGUCUACCUUAAAAUUCCCUUUACUAAAUCUUCAUCUCAAGUCGAAGUCGAUAUACGUGACAUCUUUCACUGCGAUGGUUUUUUGCUAUGCACCACCAAGUACAAAGGACUCGCGGUUUGGAAUCCAUGUUCAGGGGAAACCAAGUGGUUUCUUGGCCGACGAACAGAAUAAAGUUGUAGUGUGUUGCAAGUGGCGCUCGGAUUCCAUCAAUACCAUUUACUUCGUGGGAGAAAAUAAACACGUACAAGUGGAUCAACGUCGUGGAGAUCUUACACUCGGACAAUCUUGCUCGUUUCUUAUGAAUUAUGUUCCAAGUUUCGUACAAAUCCAACAAGGUACACUUCUUGCACCACGCACAUGA